AUGCCUGACGAGGGCGUCGCUGAGCACUACCAGGUUCUCGAGGAGCUGGGUCGUGGCAGUUUUGGCGUUGUCUACAAGGCCAUUGAGAAGGCUACUGGCGAGACCGUCGCCAUCAAGCAUAUCGAUCUCGAAUCCAGCGAGGAUGAUAUCCAAGAAAUCCAGGGCGAGAUUGCUGUGCUUAGCACCUGCGCCAGUUCCUUCGUUACACAAUACAAAGGCAGCUUCCUCCGAGGCCACAAGCUGUGGAUCGUCAUGGAGUACCUCGGUGGAGGCUCUUGCUUGGAUCUCCUCAAACCAGACAACUUCUCCGAAGGCCACAUCGCCAUCAUCUGCCGCGAGCUUCUGCGCGGUCUCGAAUACCUGCACGCCGAAGGCAAGAUUCACCGAGACAUCAAGGCUGCCAAUGUUCUCCUUUCCGAGGUCGGCAAGGUCAAGCUCGCCGACUUUGGUGUUGCCGCACAAUUGACCAACAUCAAGUCGCAACGAAAUACCUUUGUCGGCACGCCUUUCUGGAUGGCGCCAGAGGUCAUCCAGCAGGAUGGAUACGGUUUCAAGGCUGACAUCUGGUCCCUGGGUAUCACGGCCAUGGAGAUGGCCAACGGCGAGCCGCCCCUAGCCCACAUUCACCCCAUGAAGGUCCUCUUCCAUAUUCCCAAAAACUCGCCUCCCCGGCUUGAGGGCAACUUUAGCCGCGAAUUCAAAGACUUCAUCGCGCAGUGCCUGGUCAAGGACACUGAGCGCCGACCCACCGCCAAGGAGCUGCUGAAGCACCGCUUCAUCCGCUCCGCCGGCAAGGUCGAGGCUCUUCAAGAGCUCAUUCAGCGGAGGCAGAUGUGGGACGUCAACCAGCAGCGCAAGUCCCACCCCAUCUUCUACCAGGAGACUCUCAACACAAUCUCUCCCAAGGACGACGCAGACGAGUGGGUGUUUGACACGGUCAAGUCAGUCAUGCCCAAGAGGCCCACAGUCAAGUCUCGCAAGCCUUCGUCCAUCUUCUCGACUGAAGAAGCCAUGCGCAAGCUCGAUCUCAAGGAUGGCCCUCUUGGCCCUUCAUCGCCAGCUCCUCAGACCAUGCGCAAGACGACAGCCCGCCGCCAGCCCUCUGUCAGCCACACCCAAACGAAUGGAUCGCCACGUUCCACCGUCGCCAGACGCCCAUUGCAACCCGACAUGUCAUAUGGCAACUCGGGAUCUACGAUGCGCCUAUUCCGCCGUGUUCCUUCUGACGGCUCGACGUCUGGUCACCUGAACGGAUCGCCCGCCGAAGACGCGCCCAACAACGAGAACCGACCGCCCAGCAUCAUGGGCCCUGCCGAGGCUACCAGCAAGGAGGCAUUGCUCGGACGCCGCCUGUACAACAAGGCCCUCGACCCGACGCUGGCCGAACUACACGCCCAAACCUCAGCCAUGCACAAGCGGGAGGCCCUGGCCAAGCUUAGCGACGCGUUUGCCAACCUCGACGCCGUAGACCCUGAGGGCGCCUACCACUUGAUGCGCAACCUCAUGUCGGCCGUAUCGCAGGACAAUAGGCUGAACAAUGCCUUCACGCCGCAGCAGUCCAUCAAGAUGCCUUCGGAUGGUACCCCUCAGGGUACCGUCAUCAUCAACCGAAGGCGCGACGCCGGCGCCCAAUACCUCGCGGUUCGCGAUUGA